UUAUCAUUUUCAGGAUACAUCAAAUCAUUCGGAACUCCUGAAAUUACUCUUUCCCUGAAUCUUACUGAUCCUCAAGAUGUGAUUGUUCAGAAGGGCCAACAAGCAGUACUAAAGUGUCUGGCAGAGUCCCGAAAAGGGAGUGUUCAGAUAACUUGGCAACAUAAUAACAAAACAAUUCUGGAAAAUUCCACAAAGUGGAAAAUACAGGAAAAUGGUGACCUCUAUAUACCAAAAGUGUUUGGUAAGAAGGCGAACGGAGUUAUGGGAGAGUAUCGUUGUUUGGCUCGAAAUCAAGCAGGAGCUUUACUUUCAAGUGUGGCCAAGUUGAGCAUAGCCUCAAUGGAAAAGGAGUUUUCGAGACACCCUGACAAUGUUACAGUCCCUGAGUUCCAACCCGCGAUAUUACAAUGUGGGAUACAUUCCAAUCCUCCUGCUGAUAUUCAAUUUGAAUUUAAUAAUACCAUUCUACCUCAUGAAGCAAGAUAUGUUCCUUUGUCCAACAGGGCUUUAUUAAUUGAAAAUAGCCAUCUCUCAGUUUCUGGAACCUACAGAUGCAGAGCAAGAAACAAUAUACUCGAUAAGAUAAAAUAUAGUAAGAUAGCUGUAGUGAAGGUGUUGCCGAAUGCGGACGAACCAGUGGCACCUAACUUUCUACCUCUCGAUAUUAAGCUGAACAAUAACGUCAACGUAGGUGAAAAAUUCACCUUAUAUUGUGCUGUGAUAGGAUGGCCUACACCGACGGUACAAUGGCUUAAAGAGGACCGCGUGAUAAGCAACUCGACAAUUCUGGAAAUAGCAGUAGCCAGAACGUACCACAGCGGCAACUACACGUGCCUAGCCUUCAAUAAAGCGGGGCGCAUCAGCCAGAAACACCGCGUGGAAGUACAACAGAGGCCCUUCUUCAAGGAAACGCCGCUCUCGAAGUACUAUCCUUCGGCGAUGACGGCGAGGCUGAGGUGCAGUGCCGGGGGAAUACCCGAACCGAGGGUGACUUGGCUGAAAGAUGGGCGGCCUUUGAGGUUCGGAGCCCGAAUAAAACUGGAUAAUGUCACGUUGAUACUCAGCCAUACGUUCACGACAGACUCAGGUAUCUACCAAUGUGUUGCCACGAAUUCUGUCGGAAGCGUUUGGACUGCCGCCCAAAUAGAGAUAGCUGGGUCGUCCAGUCGGCCUCAUAGCUUGACGUGUCGUCCUCUAGAUUCUUCCAGGAUUUGCCUCAGCUGGAAGCCUCCCCACAACAGCAGUGCCCAGUUCUAUAGUGGAUAUUCUUUUUAUAAAGCAAAUGGUUCUGAAAUCGCAGGACCCGAAUACGUGACGAAUUUGACUUAUCAGGAGGUCACUGGUCUUUAUAGCAGUACCACCUACAUGUUCUACGUUCGCUCGUAUUCCAAUAAAGCGAGCGACGCCUCGGAAAACGUCACCUGCACGACCGGCGUUAUGGGAAACCGGAAUUUGGAUAUCGAGCCGACCGGAGAGAAUUCAGUCAGUUUGAGGUGGUCGGAAAUCAGCAGCGACGUGACGUGCAGCGAUAAGAGAUUUCCCUAUAAAGUCCAAUGGAAGAGGUUGGAUCAGCGGCUCAUCGAUGUCAUAGAAACGGAGAACAGAUCUUUGAUUAUUAAUGGUCUUCUUCCGGGUACGGAGUACGGCUUCAAGGUCACCUCAGCCAACGAAACCGACGGCGGCAUGUGGAUCCUAUACACCACCUCCGACCUCUCGAAUACCUCGAGCGGGAAUCCCUCGCGUUCGGACGAAUCCGCAGCGAAGCCGCCGCCGCCCGAAGCAAUGCGAGUCUCUGCACUAUCGCCAUGCUCGGUGACGUUGCGUUGGCAGUCGUUGCACAGAAACGUCAAGUAUUUCACCAUCUGCUAUGCGGCAGUGGCGCAGAACGUCAAAUGCGACAGCAGGAAGAGUUUCACAAACGUAUUUCAGAUCGACCACUUGACGCCAAAUACUGCUUAUCAAUUCAAAAUUCGAGCUCAUAAUUUUGAAGGUGUACCAGGAGCAUUUUCAAAGCCAUUUACAGUUCGUACUCCUGCUGAUGUUCCGUCUAAAAUCGAAAACGUCAAAUACAAUCUGAUAAACGACAGCACCGUUCGGCUGCAUUGGCGAGCGCCCUCCGACAACGGCAAAAAGUUGCUCUACUACAACAUCUCCUACACCUCCGACAUCAAUUCGCCGAUAGAGAGCUGGAAGAAUGUGACCGUGCCGGCCGACAGCGAAAGCGUCUCCACCUACGUGGGGAAUCUCACUGCCGGCGCCCAUUAUCACGUGAUGGUGCGUGCCGUUUCCGAAGUGGGGAUCGGCAAGAUAAACGCCCUGUUGGAGUUCAGCAUGACUAGGAUCGUGCAGGACUCGUCAGUGUCGGGAGACGAGAGUCGCUAUCACAAGAAAGUUGGUCUGAUCAUCGGCACGCUGAUAGCCCUCUUGUGCAUCGCGUGCUGCGCGGCGUGCAUCCUGGCGAGACGGCGGUGCGUGAAACGUCGCAACGCCGCCGCAGCCGCCCGCGCGGGUGACGACGGCCGCCGCCCUCUCGGCUAUCCGGCGGCGGCGCACUACGCCGCGCAGGUGGGGGCGGUGCAGGUGCGGCUGGAGGAAGCGGCAACGCGGCCGGACGUCGAGGAGAGCGAGCGGUUGAUGGUCGAGCGGCGGGUGGCUCGGCUGCCGCCCACGUCGCCGCAUCGGCUGCUCGAUACGAAGGGAAGUGAACAGUUUCGAAAUGGAUAUGCAAAUGGUUGCACUACACCUCUGAUGAAUGGUCACCUUCACAUCACGGAAAAUCCACAAUUCAAUCAGUACCGAAGAAACGGUCCUCAUUCCGCAAAAAUCCCGCUGAUCUCGCGAUACACGGAAGACGCGAACUCCAACGUGAAACCGUCCAAGUUCCACGAUCUGGACCGCAUAUUCGAGCAGUCGAAAACAUCGAAAUCGCCCGACCGUCAUCGCCGAUGCGACCCGCACUUCGGCGAACAAGAUGGCGACUCGCGCAGGAGCUCUUCGUGCUCGUGCGACGACGUUCGCUCUGUGGAGUCGGGCGAUUCGUUGAACGCCACUCGAACGACCUGUCUGGACGACACGAUGAAAAGUGCGGCGAACAAUUGUAGAAGGAAUUCGCCGCUCGUGGGCCCUAACGGAUAA